AUGGUGCAAUUCUUAGUUCAAGCCGUCACUAAUAAUCAUACAGACGUGACUUGUCCUAUGGAAGUUCGUGAAACUGCGAAAAUAGGAGAGGGUGCCUUCGGUACCGUUCUGCGCGCAUACCUGAAAGAGGUUUCUCCAGAUAUCACGCAGAUCACGUCACCUGAGUCAGAAGCCAAAUGGAUGGGCCCAUUUGCAAUUAAGAAAGUGCCUGCACAAACCGAAUAUAAGAGCAGAGAGUUGGAGAUCUUGCGCAAGACUUCCCACCCAAACGUCGUCACUUUAGAGUUUUUCUUCACAUAUCCAAAUCCAGAGGACAGAAACAAGUUGUACCAGCAUCUUGUCAUGGAAUCGCUUCCUUGCAACUUACAAUCCGAGAUCAAAAGAUUUCAUAAUUCCAAUAUAAUUCUCCCCGAAUCGCACAUUCAGGUAUACACAUUCCAGAUCGCUAGGGCCAUGAAUUAUCUACAUAGUUUUGGAAUUUGUCACAGAGAUAUUAAACCUUCCAACGUUCUAAUAGAACCUGAUACCUUACUUCUUCAGAUUUGUGACUUUGGAUCCGCCAAAAGAUUGGAACCUAAUCAACCGUCUGUCUCUUACAUAUGUUCUAGAUACUAUAGAGCUCCGGAGCUAAUUGUUGGUUGCUCCCUAUAUUCUACCCAGAUAGAUCUCUGGGGUUUGGGUUGCGUUUUCGGUGAAAUGUACAUGGGAAGACCCGUCUUUCAAGGGCGUGAACCUAUGUUACAAUUGAGGGAGAUAUCCAAGCUAUUGGGUCCUCCUGAUAAAAAGUUCAUAUUCGAGUCCAAUCCGGCCUAUAAUGGUCCUUUGUAUAAUCACAGACUUUUCACAUCCAGUCUUUCGUCCAGGUUCAAAAAGGUGUUUUCUCAUGCAUCGCCUGACGCGGUGGAAUUACUGAUGAACGUUCUCGUGUAUAGACCUCAGGAUAGAUUCAUUCCAAGGGAAGUAAUGGCUCACGCAUUCUUUGAUUCGCUUAGAGACCCUCUAUUUAGAGUAUCUCCAAGAACUGUCAAUACCGAGAUACCGGUUAGAGAUAUGCUAUUCAACUUUAGUGACUACGAGUUGAAGACUCUUGGUGAUUUGACUUCUAAGGUGUUACCACGUGAAUGA